CUACCGCCGAAAGACGCGACGCGAUUGGCUGCUGUGGAUGUCAGAGUGGCGCCAGUUCUUGCACAGCGACCGGGGAGAAGUGCUGGCUGCAUGUGAAUGAAUUCAGCGCUGUUGUGUUAGAAAAGCAGUCAAAUUAACACAUUAAACUGCACUUUUACUCGGUAACAACUGAAGGGUAUUGGAGUCUCAUUCCACUUGACGCUCAACGCUACAAGACAUGGCUCGUAAGGAUUAUGAGGCUGAGAAAGAGAAGUGCAAAAGGUUCCUGCAGGAGUUUUACACAGAGGAUGACAAUGGGAAGAAGGUGUUUAAAUAUGGAGCACAGCUGGUGGCUUUGGCCCACCGGGAGCAGGUGUCUCUCUUUAUUGAGCUGGACGAUGUGGCAGAGGAGGACCCUGAGCUGGUGGAGAGCGUCUGCGAGAACGCCAAGCGCUACACGGCUUUGUUUGCCGACGCCGUCCACGAGCUGCUGCCAGAAUACAAAGAACGAGAUGUGGUGGCCAAAGACUCUCUGGAUGUGUAUAUUGAGCACAGGUUGAUAAUGGAACAAAGAGGUCGGGACCCUGCUGACACCAGAGACCCCCGUAACCAGUACCCACCUGAGCUCAUGAGGAGAUUUGAGCUGUACUUUAAAGCUCCCAGCACGUCUAAGCCCAAGGUGGUGCGUGAUAUUCGGGCUGACAGCAUUGGCCACCUGGUCGCGGUUCGAGGCAUCGUGACCCGGGCCACUGAGGUGAAGCCAAUGAUGGCUGUGGCGACGUACACGUGUGACCAGUGUGGUGCUGAAACUUACCAACCGAUCCAGUCUCCCUCCUUCAUGCCCCUCAUCAUGUGUCCCAGCCAAGAGUGCGUCACCAACAAGUCUGGAGGUCGGCUUUACCUGCAGACCAGAGGCUCCAAAUUCAUCAAAUUCCAGGAGCUGCGUAUCCAGGAGCAUAGUGACCAGGUUCCUGUUGGUAAUAUCCCCAGAAGCAUGACGGUGUACGCCCGCGGUGAAAACACGCGUCUCGCUCAGCCUGGAGACCAUGUGGCCAUCACAGGGAUCUUCCUCCCUCUCCUGCGUACAGGAUACAGCCAGGCUGUGCAGGGACUUCUGUCAGAAACCUACCUUGAAGCUCACAGCAUCACGCUCAUGAACAAAACGGAAGACGACGAGCUCGGCAACGAGGAGCUGACCGACGAGGAGCUUCGCAGCAUCACAGAGGAGGAAUUCUAUGAGAAACUCGCCGGCUCGAUUGCGCCGGAGAUCUACGGGCACGAAGACGUGAAGAAGGCUCUGCUCCUCCUGCUGGUCGGAGGAGUGGAACAAGCUCCAAAAGGCAUGAAAAUCAGAGGCAACAUAAAUAUCUGCCUGAUGGGCGAUCCAGGAGUCGCCAAGUCCCAGCUGCUGUCCUACAUCGACCGAUUGGCUCCUAGAAGUCAGUAUACGACGGGUCGGGGGUCGUCUGGUGUCGGUUUGACCGCCGCCGUCAUGAAGGACCCUCUGACUGGUGAAAUGACUCUGGAGGGCGGCGCCUUGGUGCUCGCUGACCUGGGCAUCUGCUGCAUUGACGAGUUUGACAAGAUGGCCGACGCCGACCGCACGGCCAUCCACGAGGUCAUGGAGCAGCAGACCAUCUCCAUCGCCAAGGCCGGCAUCAUGACCUCCCUGAACGCCUGCUGCUCCAUCCUGGCCGCCGCUAACCCCGCCUACGGCCGCUACAACCCGCGGAAGAGCAUCGAGCAGAACAUUCAGCUGCCGGCGGCGCUGCUGUCGCGUUUCGAUCUGCUGUGGCUCAUCCAGGACAAGCCGGACGCCGACGCCGACCUGCGGCUGGCGCAGCACAUCACAUACGUCCACCAGCACUCCCGCCAGCCGCCGACCCACUUCACCCCCAUCGACAUGAAACUCAUGAGGCGCUACAUCGCUCUGUGUAAGAAGCGCCAGCCAGUCGUGCCGGAGGUGCUGGCGGAUUACAUCACCGCCGCUUACGUAGAAAUGAGAAAAGAGGCUCGGGUCAGCAAAGACACCACCUUCACCUCGGCCCGUACCCUCCUCUCCAUCCUGCGCCUGUCCACUGCGCUGGCCCGGCUUCGGAUGAUGGACGCUGUGGAGAAGGAGGACGUCAACGAGGCGAUGAGGCUGAUGGAGAUGUCAAAGGAUUCUCUACAAGCUGACAAAUCCGGCAGCGCCAGGACCCAGCGACCUGCAGACAUCAUCUUCUCGCUGGUGCGCGAGCUCACCACAGAGGGCGCUGCGGGCCGGGGCGGCGUGGUCCGCAUGGCCGAAGCGGAGCAGCGCUGCGUCUCUCGCGGCUUCACUCCCGCUCAGUUCCAGGAGGCGCUGGAGGAGUACGAGGAGCUGAACGUGUGGCAGAUCAACCAGGCCCGCACCAGGAUCACCUUCGUCUGAACCGCCGCCUUCCACAGGCUCCGACCCGCUCUCUCUUCCUUCUUCCUGCAUUUUGUAACACAAGUCAGGCAGAACGUGGACUUUUGCUUAUGCCCGUCUGUUUUGAAAGAAUUUGUGCUCUUGAUGGCCCCUUUGCUAAUGUCCCAGAAACCUAUUAAAUCUAUUAAACUGCUUGUAAAUAUGUAUGUCAGAACGUAGUAUAGUGUUGUAUCUGCAGUUGACAGAAGCAUCUAGUUCACAUUGAGAAUUUCUGUAUAUUUUAUACAUUGUAAUGCAAAUAAAAUUAAUGUUGUGCCGUGUAUUUGAGGAGAGUUAUAAUAAAUGCUUCAAUAUUCUU